AUGACCGUACCAGCCAGUGGUCACCAGAUGCACCAGACCUCGGACUCUCAAGCAGAAGGCCCACUGCAGGAAAUCUCUGCGUGCCGCUGCCAAGCCCAUGAGUCUCACGAAUACACUACACUUUUCAAAGGCAGGCUACCGCGACUUGGUGCAGAAUCAGGAGCUUUUCACCGGCCGUCCCCAGACUUUGCCCAAUGGAUCGCAAUCUCCAUUGCCGGCGUUCUGACUGUUGUCCUAGCAGUAGGAAUAUACGUUAUUGCGCGCUUCUACAACGUAAGCCUUGACGGAUCUCGCGGUCCUGAUAGAAAAAGGAGAGCACCCAAAUCUACUGGUAAUCAAACAGGAAUGGACUGCUACCUGAACGAUGAUAGCGCUGUGAAUGGCGAGCGAAAGAUGCGCCGGCCAAAUUUCGAAGAUCAUCGUACAAUGGCAAAACUCGAGGCGAGCUCGGCAAUGAGCAAGAGUGGUUAUCACGAUCCGAGCCAGAAGACUGUUCCAGGGACCAGCACUAUGGAACAUGAGACUUGGCGGCAAAGCAAGCGCGUUCACAUCAGGAAAUCGAUGGCAAAGGAAGAAGAGGCCUUUGGAAAGAGCCUGAGCCCCCGUAUCGCAAAUAGGGAAUCGAGGUCUGCCAAGGGACUGAACUUCGGGACUGCCGGAGAAGAGUUGCGACAGAGACAUUUCGAUACUACCGCUUCUUAG